AGUUGACAGCAGCCAAUGUCCGACAGCCAGAGCGCAGCACACGGGAUAAACACAGAGGGAUCCUCACAGCAAAAAGACCGCGCACUGACGGUGCUUCUUGUCCCAUUGUUUGAGACGUACCGACGUACAGCUGGCCUCUUGCAGAGUUGUAGGGUAAUCCAAGAUGGUUAAGGAUCCAAGGAAGCCUAGAGGCAAAAUGUCCUCAUAUGCCUACUUUGUGCAAACAUGCCGAGAGGAGCACAAGAAGAAGCAUCCUGAUGCAUCUGUCAACUUUGCAGAGUUCUCCAAGAAAUGUUCUGAACGUUGGAAGACAAUGUCACCAAAAGAGAAAGGCAAAUUUGAAGAUAUGGCCAAACAAGACAAGGUGCGUUAUGAGAGGGAGAUGAAAAAUUACAUUCCCCCCAAGGGCCAUAAGAAGAAGCGAUUUAAGGACCCCAAUGCCCCCAAGAGACCACCGUCUGCAUUCUUCCUGUUCUGUGCUGACUUCCGCCCCAAGGUAAAAGGUGAGAAUCCUGGACUGUCCAUUGGGGACACAGCAAAGAAGCUGGGAGAAAUGUGGAACAGUUCAUCUGCAGAGGACAAGCAGCCGUAUGAGAGGAAGGCUGCCAAGCUGAAGGAGAAAUACGACAAAGAUAUCGUCGCCUACCGCACAAAGGGAAAAGUGGAUUCAGAAUCUGCAGCUACCGCGGAUGACGACGAAGAUGAGGAAGAGGAUGAAGAUGAGGGAGAGGAGGAGGAAGAAGAAGAGGAUGAAGAUGAUGAGUAGAUUGCAUAAGGGUGGGACCUGAAGUUUUGUUUAUGCCAUAUAACCCUAUUAUACUCAAUUCACCAUCCUGAAACAGAAGUCAGACUGAACAAGAACAUGUGUAUAUUUAAUGUUUUUAAGAUGUACAGUGUUAUUCUCCUUUUUUUGUAAAGUUAACACUACAUAUCUUAAGUUUGCAAUUUUCUAGUGGUAGUUCUUUAUCCUUGCCAUAUUAUGUAACAAUUUAGGACUGCAAAUCAGUAUGACAGUAACUAGUCUUGUAGGUGUUACAACUCAAAAAUGAGAUUUAUGAGUUGGUAGUGUAUUUUUCUUUAUUUUAAAAAAUAUUUUUUUAUGUGAUGUCCCAAUGUCUUUUUAUUCUUUGAAUACCACUCUAAUAUCAAAUGCAGCUGUCGACAUUCAAGAAUGUCUUCAAUAAAGGUCGUUUUUUCUUAA